AUGGACUCUACUAGUCGGGCAAACUCAGAGGUGGGCCAAACACCUACCAACAAAUCCAGAGCCUUCAAGGACCACCCACAACCUCCGGUAAAUGAGCGCCUUGACCAAGCCAGGAACUUCCUCGCGGAUGAAGAUCCAAAUCGAUACCUUGGUUUCCGCGAAAGGUUAGGUGAGGUGGAAGAAUACAUCAAAUAUAUUUUAGAUGAGAAACUUGACCAUGAUGCAAGCCUCCUCCGCGAUGUUAAGGUCAUGGCCCAGGUCCACCGAGACUGGGAUAGAAGAACCCAGAAAGGACCUGAAGAUUCGGUUUGCUGUGAUUCGCCAUCGAUAAUGCCUGGUUCUCUUCGUCUAGUCUCUUCUAAGAAUACACAGAAAUUCCAAGAAGAGAAGGAAGCCAUGGGCAUCGAAACAAAGAUGAGAGAUGAUCAUCCGCCAUUUACAGCUUGGAGAGAAGAUGAUCAAGUUGACUUUUUGAAGGCAAUGCGGGAAGAUGCCCAGAUGGCCCCGGAAGAUAUUGAAGAGAAAACUAACCUACUCUGGGUUGAAAGCCGGGCGUACGCCCGGGCUUUGAAAGAGCCAGGCUUGAUUCCGUACUGGAUGCAUGAUACAAAAGGGCUUCCAAUGAGAGGCCUGAAACAGGGCAAUACAAUGCCGUGGUAUCGUGCUAUAGACGAGAAGCGCAGACCACCAUUGCAGCCAUUACCAGAUUAUCUUAAACGCCGACAGAAUGAAAUAAAUCGUCUCCUCAAAGCAGGGAGGACACGGACAGAGGAAGACCAGAAGAAAUUGGAAGAGCUCUUGCAAGUGCAUGGGUCCAACCAUCUAAAGGCCCUAUAUGCUAAGUACGAGGACACAAAAACAGACAGGGACUAUAAAGCUCAAAAAUAUGGAAGCGUGUUAUUUGGCACCGUCACAGACAAGGAGAUGGAAAAGGCCAACGAAGAGUUCAAGGUUGCGGAGAGGAAUUUCCAACGCGCGUUUCGGACAUGGUGCAGAAGGUUCAAAGGCGGUGUGCAACUCAUGGUCUUGAAGCCUGGGAGAAGAAGAACGGACUAUCCGGGCGUUUUCUAUUUCCCACCAAAAGAAAUAAUCCCACUAGCGAUUUAUGAUGAAGCUCAGAAAGUAGAAGACACCCUCCGUAAAGCUAGGAUUGCUAGUGGUGGCUUCCGUGAUUUGGACGUGGAGGAGAAGAAGCUUCUAAUCAAGUGUCUCGGGAGUGUUGUGGAUGAGCGCGCUUUCUUGAAUUACUGCAAUGGACUCAGACAGCCGGAAUACCAUGGACAUGUGCCUUCACAAGAUCCCAACCAUGUCAACAACCUGGCCGACAUCAAAUUUUCGGUUUCAAUGGAUGCGUUCGCGCUAAACCAUAACACUAUCAAGGUGUUGAGCCCAGGAGAAAUAGAUGAAGGAAACGCAGGUGUUUACUGUUUAGAAUACCACCCGCCAAGUGGGGACAUAUCUUCCAUCGAAGAAACGAGCAGUGGAAACGUUGAAGUACAGGCAGAUACAGUGGUAGUUGAGGAGGUAGGUGCUGUAGUAGAUGAUGCGGUGCUACAAACUAGAGAACCAGCCACAACCACAACCACACAAAGCAAUUCUAUGGAUUUCAGCGGCAAAGCAGAAAGAAGAGGUAUUCAACGAGCAGCGAUAGAGCUUGCACUAAACCUUGUAGCCACCAAUCAAGAACAGCACCGACCAGAGGAUCGCUUUCGGAAGCUAGAGCUCCCGUCAAAAUACAAGCCUCCCCCAAAAGAAGUUCCAAUAUCACUACCACUAGAGCCAUCUAAGCGGCCGGUAGAAAUGGAUAGUUUCAAGUUCACUAAGGAAUUGAUGGAAUUCCGACACCUUAAAGAUUUAUCUUAUGAACUUGCUCGGACUCGCUUAAUAGGUGAACGUCCUGAGAACUUGCAUCCGCCGGCCAACUUGAAUGGCCCCUUCACGGUAGCAAGCACCGAAGAUAAACAGGACAUUAUCAAGGAGAGACAGUCCCGCUUGACAGACCUUUGCUCUCGCUUGGUGGAAGCUGAGAAAUUAGCGCCACGGGCCCUGAUUCAGCGGAUACUUCUCCGGGUGCAACAAGCAAUAAGUCGCGGAUUGAACCAGGCUCACCCGUUGUGGGACAAAGACGAGUUAAUAACAGCGGGCAUUGACCAGCUAUUCGAAAUAGCAGCGCCAUCUUGGGAUGGCGAUCGCAAGUCUUAUGACGAUUUGAACCUGGCUCUCACUCCCCAACAAAAAGCAGAGCUUAGAGAAUUUGAACAGGAUGUGGAUGAAAUUAGGGACAUCUUGCCGCUUUGGAAGCCGAGAGAGCCAGUCACGCAUCCGUCGGAAGAACAAGAAUACUCCGAGGUUGAGCUAUUCCAAAAUCCCCAGCAUGAUCAUCACCAGCAAAGCCAUAAAGGAAUGGGAUUUUAUCCAUUCAAACAUAAGUUGAAUGAAAAUCGAUUCAACAGGAGGAAUAACGAGGUACAUUUGUGGGACGAUGGGAAGAUAACAACAUACCUGGGUAUAAUGCGGCAGGCAAAUCGGAUCCACAUUGACUCAGACCGUGGUAUAUAUCAAAUAUCAAGAAUACCUCUCAGCGGACAUCCGGAAAAUAAAUUUGUAAUUGCGAGAGAGUCCGCAGAGCAGUCUCCUGGCGUUCGACGAAACGAACUCGGCAAUUUGGAGGUGCAAUAUGAUGCUGAUGGGACGAUGGGGCCCCCUAUUGUGCAGGCAAACAAGUUCUACCACCUACAAAAGCUAGCCUUCAGAGUAGGUCGGGACAUUUCGAGAUUAUUGCACCAGCUCGCACGAGAGCAUGGUGAUUCUGACACCUACCUCAUGGAACAAUUGGUGGGGCUGAAUGUUACACUAAAAGGUGUGGGGAAAAUAAGCAUAGAGGACCGUCCGAAUAUGGGGAGUGAUGCGGAGCCCGCGACGUCAGAUGUCGGGGGAAUAUCGCUGCAGCGCCUUGCAGUCGAGUUGCACAAGAUCGCACCACACCUUGCGCAGGGGGCAGGAAUAGACCUGGGCAGAGAUCCAAACGCCGUCACUGAUGGCGAAGCUGCGGCACUGCUUCAGAUGGAGAUUCUGGAGGAGUCUAGUAAUAAUUGGGAGUCACGCUUCCCUGAGAAGGAGCAUGUUUGGGAAUUUGCUGCUCCCAGAGUGGAGACAAUCCAAAGGGUCAUACACGGUCACACUGUUAAUGCCAGGAAGAUGACAACGCAGUUUUUCAACAUGCGAAGAUUCCCAGUCCGUUGUCAAAGUGCAGAGAUCCAAACUGGUAUGAUGACCUCUGGGCCUAGAUUUGAAAGAAUGCCAGAGCCGAGAUUGUCACCACCACCGCAAAAGUCGCGGGGAGGAGAUCGUCCUGUCGAAAUAUAUCGAGGGGCAAAACAGCGACCGCAUUUCCCGUUCGGGGAAACGCCGUAUCAACAAGCCUAUCUUGACUUCACUAUGCGGCGAGACCUUCAAGAUGGCAAGUACUGCCUUUCCAGAUAUGUAAACGUACUAACGACACUACCAGUCCCUGAGUUCCAACCGAGGAUCCAGAGAAGAGGUUUACUCGACAAGAUUUUAGGUCCGGAAAGGGCUAGAUCAAUAACUCUAGCAUAUGCUCUACCCAAGCUCCCUGAAAACUGGAAAUUCGUCGGUGCCAGCCUCCCGGAGCCGAGUCACCUAAUGAUUGAGAUAUCCGAAUCUUUGACUGGCUCUGAGAACGAUAUGCAGGGGAACGUCAGGCACCGUGGUUUAUAUGAAAUGUCCGGAGCGUUAAACGAAUCGGACAAUCCGACGGGUCCGGCAAGCAAUGUGAGGCCGAAGUCGUCACAAAAGAAGAGGCCCGCGAGUGCGCCGGGAGAUGAACAGGGACCGUCCAAGAAGUCCAAGAGAGUAAAAAAGGCUCGGACAAAUUAG